CGCCGAAACGUCGAUUGUCUUACUUAACUAUUUAACCAUACCAACCAAAAGACCUUUACCCCUUAGAUUAGCAAGUGGCAUUUUUAUAAACUAAUUUCGACAGUCAAAGCUUUUAUGCCUAGCAAAAGUUUACUCAUUUAAACCAAUUAAUCCUAAACCAGCUGUGCGAUAAAGUUGCUCAUAUAUAUAUUUACUGCAGUUUGAAAGACAUUCCAAUAAUAGAGUAUAAUAGGGCUGGGCGAAUCGUUAGACCUUUCGAAUGUUGUAAUAAAUAAGAGAUAAAAGAUCUUCAUGGGAAAAUUCUUCUAAAUAAAAAUCUUUUGACCCGUUAAUGAAUACUAAAUUGAAAUGUUUGUUAAAUUGACAGGGAUUGCUAUACCGUGAACAGAUAAGGAGUUAAUUGAUAAGAGAUCGUUUCAGAUGUAAAAAAUAAGUAAAUAGAACAAAUUUCCUUGUGUACGUCACCGCACGACUAUGCCUUUCAUCGUGGCUGGCAGUACGUUAGCCAUCACAGCCGUUUCAUUCUCAAUUCAGUACUCGUUCAAAGUCGAAGUCUGUCAGGUCUGAUGCGUAGACGCGGCGUAUACGUGAUGCUGACGCUGUGCGGUGUUCUUACCACCGCUCUAAUCGCUUUUCUUGUGUUAUUCCUCACCGGCGGCCAGGGAGCAAAUGCUUCCGGCGCACCAACUGUAAGGGUGGAACUGUCCCAUAGCCAGGGAGAAGUCCUUGGAAACUAUGGAUUCACAGCUUGGACGAAUCAAAUGUUCAUGCAGUUUCGCGGUAUUCCCUUUGCUGAACCACCAACGGCGGAGCUCCGUUUUCGGCCACCUGUAGCGCGUUCACCAUGGACAGGCACCCUCAACGCACUGAACUUUGGACAGCGCUGCCCCGUGAUAACAAAUCUGGAUGGCCAGUUGUCUGAUGCUGAACUAGAAGAUUGUCUCAAUCUUUCGGUAUACACAAAGAACCUUACUGCUAGCCAGCCUGUAAUGUUUUACAUCUAUGGUGGAGGCUACUACAAUGGCUCUGCUGAGGAUCAUCCUCCGAACUAUAUCCUUGAGAAGGAUGUAGUACUAGUUGUACCCCAGUACCGAGUGGGAGCACUCGGAUGGCUGUCGACAUACACUGAGGAGCUGCCCGGAAAUGCUCCUAUUGCGGAUAUCCUAAUGGCUCUCGAAUGGGUGCAACUCCACAUUAAUCACUUCGGGGGAGAUCCCCAGAAAGUGACUAUUUUUGGACAGAGUGCCGGAGCAGGGGUAGCUAGUUCUUUGCUACUCAGCCCCCAAACUGGUGAUAGUCUGUUCAAGCGAGCGAUUGUGCAGUCGGGUUCGAUUUUCGCUAGCUGGGCUAUUAAUAAGGAUCCAAGGGCACAGUCUAUGCGAAUCUGUGUUCAGCUGGGAUGUUCUCGUUGCGAUGAGGAGGAUCAGCUUGUGGAGUGCUUGCGAAAUGCAAAAGUCCUAGAUGUUUUAAGGAUCACCACAACAGAGUCUUUUUCGCCUAUUGUAGGAGACUUACAGGGCAUCCUGCCACAGCAACCCAGUGAACUGGUAAAGAGCUACCGCAGACAAAUUCCCUUGCUGACAGGAUUCACUCAACACGAUGGCUCCUUCGUUCUAGCAAGCUAUUAUGAUGCUCUAGCUGCGAAAGUUUCUAAUGUGAGUUCGUUGACUGUUCGGCAAUUUUCCCAGGGUAUCUACGAUUUGAAUAAUGACACAUCGGGACUCACGGGUAACACUUUAAAUCGAUUGCUCUUUAAGCGUGAGAUUCUCAACAGUCAUGAUCACUCUGCUGCAGUUCCCUCAUACUUCGAUCUGACUUCUACAAUCUUUAUGAAAUCCCCAGUCAUAACCCUGGCCACCAGAAUCCAUACCCUUCAACCUUCUACGCCAGUGUAUCUCUACAGCUUUGAGUACGAGGGAAAAUACACUCGCUUUGGCUAUGAGUUCGGCAACUCGCACUAUCCUUUCAAUGGCGGAGUUCAUCACUCCAACGACAAUAUCUAUCUGUUUGCCACCCAUACCCUGGAGGGACAGGAUAUGCAGAUGUCUAAAAAAAUGGUUGAGGUGUGGACAUCGUUUGCCAUCGAUGGUAUUCCUAGCGAACUCAGUCCACUAACUAGUGCAAGUGGACCUUACAAUCAACUUAACUUGGAGAUAACUAAAGAAGAAGAUUUGUUGGAAACCCUGACGUCCGCGAUUGACGAUCCUGAAAAUGGAAGACUACAGCGAGAAGAUAUGGAGUUUUAGUGGUGUGCCAUUCGAUAGCUAAUUGAGACAAUAAAAAUAUUUGCUGUUUAAGGUUAAGAUAUAAAUUAAAGGGAAAUAGUUUAAAGUUUAAAACAUA